AUGGCCGACGCACCUCCAUCAACAUCAGCAACAGGCCGAAAACGACUCAACAUCCGCCUGACCUUGCGCCACUACGGAGCCGCCGACAUAGUCCGCGGCAAUAUCGAACUCGCCGCGCUACGCCCAGUCGCCGCCCUCAACAUCUACACUGAGGUCCUUGCUAAGACGUCAACUGGCCAUCCAGUGGCCUUUCUUAACCGCUCGCUUUGUUAUCUACUUCUCGGCUAUCCGUCACUCGCAGUGUACGAUGCGCAUCGCGCCUUUCUCGGCGGCCUUUGGGCGCUUAAGGAUCAUGUGGACUUCAGGACUUUGACCCGCCAGAUCGUGUCCUAUGGUUAUCAUGUAGAAAAAGCAUUAGCAACCGACAAGACAAGCCUGACGGCGCUUUGCCGCUUCGUGGGAGGAGAUGCUGUGAGCUGGCUCAAAACCGACCUGGCGGCAUUGAUUCUCGAACCGCUGCCGGUAGGCAUAGCUGCGAACGAAGCGGAAUGGCAUUUCACCAACGACGUUAUCAUGAAGGCCUACUGGCGCCUCGCGUAUUCGCUAUGGAAGUGUGGCGGCGGUGCCAUGCGGACUGCCCUAGAAGUAUUGGCUGAUGCUCGGAGCCGGAGCUACAGGCUUUGGGAGGAACAGAGACCUUCGUCCGGUUCACGCAACAAGGUUGCCCCCAAACCUGGCCAGUUGUUUUUCGACGCACCGUUGGAUGGAUACCCACCCUUGGACGGAUACUUUUGGGCAUUCACCGAGCUGGAAAACCGCAUCAUGACAGAUAUCGAUCAGAUCGGCAGUCGGACUGGGACGAAAGGCUUGUUGAGCACGCGGUACACUAAGAUCCGGAGAGAACUUUAUCCCUGGGAUCAAAUCAGCCUGACCGCGGAAAACAUCGAUAGGAAUAUUCAAGUGCUCAACGCGCAUUUCCGAGACCUCCUGUCAUCAUGUGAGAUAAAACCUUUCCUGGAGGAUGGCAAAGCUGUCAAAGCAAGACUGUAUGCAUCAGCAGGCUCCGAUACUCCAGCUGGCACGUGUCUGUGCAUCGAACGGAGUAACCUUCACGUGACUUCAGGGGAUGGCAUGACCGGCCAUACUCUCUGCCACUCCUGCGCGGCUGUUUUGACGGGUCCUGUUGCGUCGAUCAAGGCCUCCAACGAAACGCAUCGUGACGGGUUGCAGCCCUGCGUCCCAGAACCCCACAUGCGGCGUCUGCUCAAGCUGAUGAUGUUGCGCGUCAUCACCACUCAGCGGUCUAAACAAGAGCAUCCGCUAAACAUCCCCUGGGUCAAGGUGUUGGACGGUAACUUAAGCUCCGCACGUAAGCUGCCGGACGACCGAGGAGACCAGUCGAGGGAUUUCCUUACGGAACCUUGUACACCCGAGAUAGCGACUAUCUUCCCUGAGACAUCACCAGCCCAAUCCAUGCUACCGGACCACCAAGAUGCAUCUCUGGUCCCCUGGUCCUACGAAACUAACGUCCGCCAUCCAAUCCACAUCCUCUUCACCAACGGUGGUCCCGAUCUCGCCCUCGACAUCACGAACUUCGACGGCUGGGUUCUCAACACGGUCGCCGCCAAGCUCGAAGCCACUAUGCGCAUCACGCGCGCCCCGCGUUUCGAGAAGUUCUUCGAUCACGACGGAAGGCUGAUUGGACAGCGCGUCGCUGCUGCCCCGCAAGCUAAAGACGGUGAGACCGUUUGGAUAGGGAGUAUCCACCCGCUGGCAACGCUGAUUGACGUCGCGAAGCCGGGAGAGAGGGCCAAUACCAGGCUGUAUGAGCGAGGUGGAACUGUAGUCGCGUAUGCUGAUGCCGAUCAUCCGGAUCCAGCGACUGCACCAGCUGUGCCGGGGAAGAUAAGGCUGGACUCUGUUGUCGGCCUCCCAUCGCCAUUGCAGCGGGCCGGACUGGAUUCACUCACCACCAAGGCAACCGGGCGUGAGAACCCCGAUACUGAGAUGCUAGACGUGAGCAACCCAGCCCAACCCGCGAACAACCCUCCCAUCCCCGCCGGCGCACAGCUCCUCCGCGACGACGCGGUUCAGCCUCUUCCCAAUCCUAACGACCUGGCGCCUGACUGGACGCCGAGACCGCCUCGGCCUCGGCCUCAUAGAAGCCAGCUAGCGAGCCGCCACACUCCCCCAAGCCCCCACUCGCGCGGUCAUCGCAGCUCCGACGCUACCUCCCGUGCUGGCGGCAGGUCGGGCAGCGAGCGGGACGGGGACUCGAUGCUCGACGCCUCGGUCACGGACUGGACUGAAGAGGAUGAGGAGGUGAUUGACGACUAUGACGAUGACGACGAUGAUGACAGCGACUUUGAAGAGGCUAUGACUGAGAUUAUUGAGACUAUUGAGCGGGAGCAUGGCCGGCAGAGGGACUCUAGUACGGGUUGA